CCGAGGAGUGCGACACGACCUACCUGAACCUGGAGCGGACCAGCCACAGCUCUGGUCAGCAGUGGUCACUCUCACACUGCACUGGUCAGCGGCUACCCACAGGGCAAGGGAGAUUUUUUGGCAAUUUUAUCUUGCAUAUGAAGAAUACAUUUUACCUGGAUAUCCCGAAGAACGUACUUGUCAGCACUGGACAAGGUCUUUUUUUUUUAAAAAAACAAAAAAAACAACGACUGGGCCCGUUAUAGUGUCCUCUCUAACGGCACUGUCUACCGCGGUAGUUGGCACAGCUUGGCUGUCGCCGAAACAUAUUGAGCGCUCUUUACAUUCCAUGUAGCGCUCGAUGUCGAGCAAAGGAGAUCUGCGGAGCUAGUGACUCAGUUCCCUGGAAUAAACUUUUUGCGGACACGAACGAAAAAGCUGAAAGAGAGUGUACGCGGGAGCGAGUGUGGGAGACAGACGGACAGACAGACAUUCGGAUGUCUGCGUCCCAGCGGUGCUGAGAGAAGUCAGCACUGUCCCGCGCGGUAAAGGCGCCGAGGAGCGGCUGCUGCGCCCAACGCGCGCUCAUAAAUGCCCAGCCGAUCGCGGGGUCUCGAGGCUGGGCGGCAAGAUGAGCUCGUGGGUUGCGCUGCUCGUGGCGCUCACGGCAUGCCUGCGGUUUGGUGGCGCACAGAGUGAACCUCUCCCUCAUUCUCUGGUCGACCUGGUGAUGAACAGUCCAAUCUCUUCCAUGGAAGAGCUCCACAAGCUCCUGGACGUUGACUCCGUAGAAGAGGAAGCUGAUGAGGGCCAUUCUAACGGCACACACAGACGUCUUCCCAGAAGCCUUGCAGGUGUGCAGGUGGCUCAGCAGGCUAUGUGUAAGGUGCGCACAGAGGUGAUGGAAGUCACACGCUCCAUGUUGGACAGGCGCAACGCCAACUUCUUGCUGUGGCCCUUGUGUGUGGAGGUGCAGCGCUGCUCCGGGUGCUGCAACUCCCGCAAUAUGCAAUGUGUGCCUGUCACCAAGGAGAUGCGCCACUUACAGAUGACCAAGAUUCAGUUUAUCAACAGACAACCCAUCUAUGAGAAGGUGGUUAUACCUGUGGAGGACCAUGUCACCUGCAGCUGUCAAUCUCGCACUGCUGCCCCCGCCCCUGCCCCUGCCCCUCGAGCCAAGGCCACGCCCCCUCCCCCUCGGGUCCUCCCCAAGGUCAUUCCGCCGCCCAGCCAGUCGAAGGAGGAGCUGCAUCGCCAUGACGACCUCAAGCAGAACCAGAGGCUGCAUCUGGAUGACCGGGAAGCUCAGCAGUGGCAGCCCAAAUAUGCACCGUCCCACACGCAGGGGGCGCCAGUGCACACUCCCACGCGUACGCAGAGCAAUCGGCCCGCUCCGUUCCAGCCUCUGCUCACGUACACUCCGGCUGUGCCGGCCCAUGCGGGCAGAGAGGACACAUGGACUCAGCGUGCGACGCCGGGAACUCUGGACGGGCACACCCAUCGCCAGCCAGAGCCUGAGAGGGCUGGAGAACACCGCACACACCUUGGUAGCGGUGACAGCAAGAGCGAACUGCAUCACCACCAACACCAUGGACACCAUCGCCACAACUCCCGCUUCCAGAGUGAUGAGGCCACGCCACAGCUGCCCCACCGCAACCUGUCUCACGAUUCCAGCCAAUCAGGUGGCACUGUUCAUCAUCAUAGCCAAUCAGAGGUGGUUCCUCCCCACAGCAGCCAAUUGGAGGGCUCUGUUCUCACAUACACUCAUGUUGAGGUCAUUGGUCAAUCCAGUGGCCAAUCCAAGCUGCCUGGCCGUCAUUUUGCUCAAAUAGUAACUCCCAGUAUUCAUAGUAGCCCAUUAGAAGUGGGCAGUCAACCCCACAGCCAAUCAGUUCAUGCAGAACAUCAGGAAAAGUCCUCAAAGCUCCAAAGACACCAUGAAGAAAAAAGUGACAUGGAGCGUGAACAAAAACAAUCUGAACAUCACCACCAUCAUCAUCAUCAAAAUCAGAAUCAAACACAAGCUACCGGACAUCAUCAGGCCAGUACACACAGAGCAGUGACAAAUGCCCCACCGACCAUGUCGCCCACACCCCAGCCGCCACCUCCACCCACCACUCAGCGGAGACGACGGAGAAAACACAGGAGGAGGAUGAGCAAGUCUGCUAUGAGGGCCAUGAUCAUGGUGAUGUCCUAAACGAACUGUCUCCCUUCGCCAUCAUGGACCCUAAGAAAGCCCAGGACAGCCG